AUGGCAUACCGCGGAAGCUGGCGAUCUCGGGGAAAUAUGAGCAACCGGGGAGGGCCCAACAGGUUCGGAAAGCAGACUCGGUCGCAAGCACCGUGCAUGCACUUCCAGCGAGGCACGUGUCGUUAUGGUAAUAAGUGCAGAUUUUCGCAUGGCCAAGCUGCUGAAUCCAAGUCAUCACCAACCGAACAUCACCCCACAGCUCAUGAUCUGCAUGCUCGGAAUCAGUACUUUGACUGGAAAAGACUUCUCAGACGUGGAAUCAUGAGGACUGACCUGUCUGAAAUUGGAAACAAGGAGCUCUUUGAGUGCUGGGAUGGGGCCCUCAAGAUUCUUGAAGCAGAUGGCAAAGAGAAUCACCAGUUCCUCGCCAAAGACCUUGUGGAUGACAACUUGCAUGGACAUGACAUUAUAUUGGCCACUGCAGAAGAAGGCUAUCUCGGGGACUUGAAGCCCAUUUUCGCAUACGACAAGCCGUUUCUCGAGGUGAUCACGCAUCCUUCUCUCCUGAACUGUCUUUCUGUCGACUCAUUUGUCGGCACUCUAUACGCAUCUUUCGGUGGCACGAAUGGCGAUCGAGCAAUCAGAUAUCUGAAAAGUGUCUGUCAGAAUAUGAUGCGCAAAGGAGAAGAGAACAAUGGAGAUUCCUCAAUGGUGACCUCUCUAGAAACGAUGAAGCUAGUGUUGAAUACUCUCUACCAGCUUUUGUCAAGGGUCCGACGCGUUCGAUUUCACGAUGACCUCCCCGCACUACUCGACCUUACCAGUGAACUAAGCUUUCGACUUACCGAAAAAUGUCUGCCAGCCGACCUUGACGGCCUUAACAGCAGAAUAGAGGUCAUGCAAAGCUUGAUUGCUAGUGCAAACCGCAAUCUUGUCCCAUCCGAGGUUACUACCAAACCUGCGCAGAAGGCCGAAUCGAUCCUCUCGUCUUUUCCAAUGGAUAUGCAAAUACCUGGCGGGAGACACGACAACGAUUUUGCAGAUAUUUCCCAAAUUCAGAUAUUUCCUACUCACGGAGAGAUUGUGAGCGACAAUGCAGAAUAUCUACCCUCCACCAACUUUCUUCAACCGCACUUCAUUGCCGAUCCUCUGCAAAGAUACAUUGACUCAACAUUCCGACUUCUUCGCCAUGAUAUCUUCGGCUCGGCCAAGGACGUCCUUCGAGAUCUGAUGCAGCAGGAUAGUUUGUCCCGCAUUCAAUACUUCUCAGGUAAAGAUACACAAGCGCAUAUCUAUCAGAAUGCACAAGUGCGGCAAAUAUUCAUCAAUGAUAAAAACGAACUCGAAGCGAUCGUAUCUUUCUCAACUCCGCCCCAACUCCGCACAAAGACCACCAAUGAGCAAUGCAGAUGGUGGCAGGACUCUAGUCGGCUGGAGGAAGGAAGCCUAGUAUGCUUCUUAGUGUCCCAAGGAACUCACAGAAGGAUAAUUUUCCUCGAAGUCAGCGUGAAGAAUGCUGCUAAAGACCGAAAUCAACUGGAUGUGAAAGAAUGGCACAAGAGCUGUCUUGUUUCUGCAAAGUCUCCACCAAGUAUCACCGUUAAGCUUGCGGCAUGCCUAGAGAACGAACUCGUCUUCCUGGGCCAGCUAUUCAGCGAAAAGGUGGUCGGUGUUCUGGCCGACUUCCACGGUUUGAUUCCUGCCACAUUUGCUCCCAUCUUGAAGAACCUCCAGCGCAUCCAAGCUGAAGGGGAUUUGGCGUUCCGAAGAUGGAUCUUGCCAGGCCGCAAGAAUGAUCAAAAUGGCCAAAUUAUACCCCCACCGGCAUACGCGCGAAAACCAGGAUUUAUCUUCCCUCUGACUUCAAUAGCCAGUUCUGGAGCUGAGGAUAUCGCAUUGGACCCAAGCAGCCCUGGGAAUAUUGACAUCUUGAAGCUGCAAGCUGAGACUGGUCUCGAUCCUGGCCAGUGCCGGGGACUGAUCGCGGCUCUUUCACGAGAGUAUGCCCUCAUUCAAGGCCCCCCGGGUACCGGAAAGUCCUAUCUAGGGGUCAAGCUUGUUCAAGCGCUCCUUGAAAUCAAGAAAAAUGCAGAUCUUGGUCCAAUUCUUGUGAUCUGCUAUACCAACCAUGCUUUAGAUCAAUUUUUGAAGCAUCUUCUUGAUGUCGACAUCCAGAGAAUUAUACGCAUAGGGGGUCGCAGUCAGGCCACAGAGCUUGAAAGCAAAAACCUUCGUGUUGUCAGCAAGGGAAUCGAAAAGACAAGGGUAGAGUCGCAAACCCUCGGCAUGUCCUACGGGGACCUUGAAGACUGCAUGAGUAAUGCUGGAUAUGCAAUGAAACCCCUGCACCGGUCUCGGAAUGGCCUGUCUUGGGAUGCUAUGGAUAAUUUCUUGUACCGUAAAUGGCCCACCAUGCACAGACAGCUCGUCCAACCGAACCCGGAUGGAUUUACCCCGGUGACUGAAGACAAGCUACUAAAUUGGCUCGGAGUCAAAUCAAUGAAUCCCAAAGAAGACGAAAACGAUGGUGAAAUUGACGAUGUGCGCUUGGAUGGCCUCAUACGUGCUGCCAGGGAGGAUAUUCACAGUCUCUCGUUACCAGACCGCAAAAUUCUUGCAAAAAGCUGGUUCAAAGAGUGGCAGGAAACUGGAACUGCCUCCCUCUUUGAGGCCCUUGAUCGCGCCGCGGAUAUUCGCAAGGACAUUAACGCAGUUCAUAAUGAGAUCAACCGCCGAGCCUUGAUUCAAGCGGAUGUGGUAGGAAUAACAACAACAUCUCUUGCACGAAAUAUUGAUACCCUCCGCUGCCUAGAAACAAAAGUUGUCAUUUGCGAGGAAGCAGCUGAGGUCAUGGAAGCCCACGUUGCUUCAGCCCUCAUGCCAGGCGUCGAACACUUCAUACAAAUUGGAGAUCAUCGACAGCUGCGGCCACAGGUGAAUAAUCAUGCACUUAGCCUUGAAUCAUCGACUGGAAAGUUAUGGCAGUUAGACAGAAGCCAAUUUGAGAGGCGCGCCGUCGGUGAACCGGGUCUGAAUCCUGCUCCUGUUGCACAACUCGAUGUGCAACGAAGAAUGAGACCCGAGAUCUCACAACUCAUCAGGAGCGUCUAUCCAAAACUGGAGGACCAUGAAAGUGUGAAGUCUCUACCCAAUGUUGUUGGCAUGCGGAAUAAUCUAUUUUGGUUAGAUCAUCGGUGCGAUGAAGACUCAGCAGAUGACGGGAGCCGUGUCAAGUCUCAUAGCAAUGAGUGGGAGGUUGAUAUGGCGACUGCUCUUGUCAGGCAUCUUGUCCGACAGGGAGAAUACAAGCCCACAGAUAUCGCCCUUUUGACUCCCUAUACCGGGCAGUUGCGGAAACUCAGGACAUCUCUAAGUAAUGAUUUCGAGAUCUGUCUCAGCGAGCGAGACUUGCAAACCUUAGCUGCCGACGGAUUUGAAAAGAUUGAAGAUGACAGUCCCAAAGAGAACACUCCCAAGGCUAUCGAGAAGAAGGCCUUGCUACAGACACUCCGCCUUGCUACCGUCGACAACUUCCAGGGUGAAGAGGCAAAAGUCAUCAUUGUAUCCCUGGUUCGCAGCAACAAAAAGCGCAAGGUCGGCUUCCUGCGGACUGAGAACCGCAUCAACGUGCUCCUCAGUCGAGCCCAACACGGCAUGUACCUCAUUGGAAAUGCUGAAACAUAUCUAAAUGUCCCGAUGUGGGCUGAUGUGCACUCUCAACUCACGCGUGCGAAUGCAGUCGGCACAGAAUUGGCUCUAUGUUGUCCUCGACACCCAGAUACGUCUAUCAUCUGCUCUGAACCUCAUGAUUUUGAGAGGAAGAGUCCAGAAGGUGGGUGCAGUCUUCCGUGUACCCGUCGACUCGAGCCAUGUGGUCAUCAAUGCCAGGCCAAGUGCCAUUCGGUGGUUAUGCACGACGGCUUUGCAUGUGGGAAACCUUGUCCACGUAUCCGAUCGACCUGUGCCCACGAAUGUCCGAAGCUUUGUGGUGAUGAUUGCGGCCCCUGCAUGAUCAAGAUCAACGACGUCGAGCUUCCUUGCGGCCAUAUUAGAAACGAGUCAGUCGAUGGAAUGGUUGGCCUUAAUGAAGUCUAUACGAGAGAUAAAGAUGGCAAAUUCGAUGGCCUCCAAGAUUUCUCUUCUUCUCUUGCGAGCACCACACCCUCAUGCCCAGACUGCAAAGUGCCCAUUCGCCAGUUCGUGACCAGGCGCUACAAUCGCGUUAUUAACCGUGCUGUCAUGGAUGAGACUUGGAAGCGCUUCCUCACCAAGGGCCGCACCGAGCUUCAGGGUCUUGAAACCCGCUUGAAUGAAAUUGCAGAGAAUCUCACUUCCACAAAAGUGAAAACAGGACAAAAAUCCUUGACAGAACGGUGGAAGGCUUGUUUAGCGCUUGGAAAGGAGGCCAGUGCCCUUAUGAAAACCAUGGACGCCGAGAACCAGCCAAUCAAACGGCUUAGGGAUGCAAUCACCAUUUAUAAGAAGUCACCAAGUGACGAGAUAGCCUCCCUUUCAGCCCGAACGGAGGCGAUGAAAAUAACGAAACGAGGAUCUAACAAUCAAAUCAGCCUCGGCGCGCGACUUAUCUAUCACAGAGCCGAAGAACUCAUGUGGAGCGACUUUGUUGAAGUGAUGGAGUCAAGGAGUGAUUUUGCUGCGUCAUCGACACCGACGGGCGAAAAACUACUAAAAAGAUUGUCCCGGAUGUUGUGUGAUUUCCGAGAUUUGAUAAGUCAAGCCAACAAGGGAAGUCUCUCCCGCAUAGCGAUCACGGCGACAAUCUCAUUCGCAAAGAUCGUCCAGCUAGUUGCGUGGUAUCACCGGAUUCAUCCGGGUGUGACAAAAGACAAGGCAGAUCUUCAAGACAAGCUUACAGGCCUGGAGACUCUCGAAGAGCGCACUGAAGCCACUCGUCAACUUCUCAGUGAUGCUUUGGAACUUUGCCAAAAAUUGGGAAAUUGCCCCGAGCUCCAAGACAAGGUACAAGAGAUGGCACGCCUGUUUGAGGGGCCAAGAUAUGAGACAGUCACUUUGGAAGAGCUUCAAUCUAUCAAGACGGCUAUGGUCAGUGGGAGAGGAGGAAUCGCGACUCAUUCUAGACACUGGUACAAUUGCGCCAAUGGACAUCCGUUUGCUAUUGGAGAAUGCGGCAUGCCGAUGGAGCAAGCUAGAUGUCCCGAGUGUGGAGCUCCUAUUGGAGGUUCUUCUCACCGAGCUGUUGAGGGUGUAUCUCGAGCGCUGCAGAUGGAGUAG